AUGAGGCCGCAGAUCCUCUUCCUCGAUGCCUACGACUCCUUCACCAACAACAUCGUCUCGCUGCUGACGACGCUGCUCGACGCCGACGUCCACGUCCUGCCCAUCGACACGCCUCUGCUCGACCCCCAAUCGCCCGACUUUGCCCAUGCCUUUCGCCGGGAGCUGGCCCACUACCAUGCCGUCGUCUGCGGGCCCGGCCCCGGCUCGCCCGACCACGCGGCAGACGUAGGCCUCAUCCGCGCCGUCUGGGCCCUCGGCCACGAUGAUCUGCUGCCGGUGCUCGGCGUCUGUCUCGGCUUCCAGUCGCUCGUCCUCAGCGCCGGCGCCGGCGUCCGCCGUCUGCGUCGCGGUCUGCACGGCAUGGUGCGCCCCAUCGACCACGACAAGCCCGCCGCCGUGACGCGCAAGCUCCAGGGCGACAUCUUCCACGCCGUGCCGCCCUUCAGCGCCACGCUCUACCACAGCCUCUGCGCCGACGUGGGACAGGACGCCGUGCCGGCGGCCGCGUGGCCUGCGCGCCGCUGGGACGCGCCGCGCGAGGCCCCCGACCUGCUGCCCCUGGCCUGGGCCAGCGAGGACCGAGGCGACGGCGAGGCCAGCGAGCGGAUCCUCAUGGCCGUCAAGCACCGCGCGAAGCCCUUCUGGGGCGUGCAGUACCACCCCGAGUCGGUCUGCACCCACGCCGCCGGCCACGCCGUGCUCCAGAACUGGUUCCGCGAGGCCAUGCGCUGGAACGCCGCGGCCCGGCGCGACGUCGGCGUGGCGGACGCCCAUGGCAGCCCCCGUCUCGCGCGACAUGCCACGCGGCCGAGCCUCCUCGCCGACGUCCGUCGCCUCGCCGACCAGCACAGCGCCGAGGUGCCGUGGACCGAGACGAUGUCGCCGCUCGCCACCGUCGGGCUCGACUGCGCCUACACGCGCAAGACGCUGGCGCUGCCGUCGCACCUCCGCGUGCCCGACCUCGUCGAGAUGCUGCGCCGCGGCACGGCGGCCGCGUCCGAGCACAUCAUCCUCGACUCGGCCAACGCCGACAAGCUCGCCAGCGGCGCCGCCGACGUGCGCGGCCGCUACAGCAUCAUUGCUCUCGACGUCGACGAGGCCCUGCGCAUCGAGCACCGCGUCGGCGACGCCUUCGCCACGGCCCGCAUCCCCUGCAUCCAGGGCGUCGCCGUCGACCGCCAGGAGACGGUGCCGCUGACGACGCACCACAGGACCAUCUGGCAGCUGCUCGCCGACUUUGCGGCGCGGCGCACGCUCGCCGCUGACACUACCCACGAUCCCGACACCGACGACACCGACGACACGCCGUUCCGGGGCGGCUUCAUGGGCUACGUCAGCUACGAGAUGGGCCUCGCCGGCAUCGACGUCGACGUGGCGCCGGCGCACGUGCGCGGCCACCGCCGGCCCGACCUCUGCUUCGCCUGGAUCACGAGGAGCCUCGUCGUCGACCACACGCGCGGCCUGCUGCACGUCCAGCACCUGCAGAACCGCAAGCUCAACGCCGACUUCUGGAUCGACGCCACCGUCGCCGCGCUGCAGGCGGCGCCGCACUGGACCGCCGACCGCGUGCGUCCGGCGCCGGGACUGUCGGCCGCCGUGCUCGCCGGCGUGCGCGUCACGACGCCGUCGGCCGCCGCCUACGACGCCAAGGUGCGGCGCUGCCAGGACCUCAUCGCCGCCGGCGAGUCGUACGAGCUGUGCCUCACCGACGAGACGACCAUCUCCAUCCCGCGGCCCUCGCCGUCAGGCAUGCCGCGGUCCUCGUCACCAGACGCGGGCGCCGACGCGGGCGCCGACACGGCCUGGACGCUCUACCGCACGCUGCGCACGCGCCAACCGGCGCCCUUUGGCGCCUUUGUCCGGCUCGGCGGCGCGACGGUCGUGUCGUCGUCGCCGGAGCGGUUCCUCGAGUACGACGCGCGCGGCGCCUGCUCGAUGCGGCCGAUGAAGGGCACGGUGCGCAAGUCGGCGGCCGUGGCGACGCUCGCCGCCGCCGAGGCCAUCCUGCACGUGCCCAAGGAGGAGGCCGAGAACCUGAUGAUCGUCGACCUCGUGCGCCACGACCUGCACGGCGUGUGCGGGCCCGGCCGCGUCGCCGUGCCGCACCUCAUGCGCGUCGAGGAGUACGCCUCCGUCUUCCAGAUGAUCACCGUCGUCGACGCCCGGCUGCCCGACCGCCGCCGCCGCCGCCGCCGCCACGGCCAGGCCCAGGCAGAGGCAGAGGCAGAGGCAGAGGCAGAGGCAGAGGCCCCCCACACGGGCCUCGACGUGCUGGCGGCGAGCCUGCCGCCGGGGAGCAUGACGGGCGCGCCGAAGAAGAGGAGCUGCGAGCUGCUCGCCGAGCUCGAGGGGCGCGGCGAGAGGGGCCUGUACUCGGCCGUCAUCGGGUACAUGGACGUUACGGGCCGCGGCGACUGGAGCGUCACCAUCCGGACCAUGUGGCGGUGGGACGACGAGGAGGGCCGCGAGGAGGGCGACGUCUGGCACAUUGGCGCCGGCGGUGCCGUGACGAUCCUCAGCACGCCCGAGGGCGAGACGGAGGAGAUGUUCACCAAGCUGGCGGGGCCGCUGGGCGUGUUUUCGCAGUAG